CCCCGCGCCACUGCUGCUCCCAACAACAAGCGGUAGUAAGCAAUAUGGCCGACGUAGGCAAGAAGUACUGUGUGAACUGCCUGGCAGAUGUUACGAAUUUGCGGAUUCGCUGUGCCGAAUGUCAAGAUAUUGAACUUUGUCCGGAGUGUUUCUCCGCGGGUGCCGAAAUCGGCAACCACAGACGAUGGCAUGGCUAUCAGCAAGUUGACGGCGGGCGCUUUUCGCUGUGGGGUCCCGAAGCAGAGGGAGGAUGGACUAGCAGGGAAGAACAGUCGCUGCUCGAUGCCAUCGAGCAAUAUGGAUUUGGUAACUGGGAGGAUAUGGCAGCCCAUGUAGGUGCAUCACGCACCCCUCAGGAGGUCAUGGACCAUUAUGUCAGCAUGUAUAUCCAUGGUAAUCUGGGCAAAGCCUGCAUCCCUGACAGCAUCCCCAACCGUGUGACAGACCACACUUGCCCGAGUGGAGGUCCGCUGUCUCCUAGUUUGACUACCCCAUUGCCCCCACUAGACAUAUCUGUAGUGGAGCAGCAGCAGCUUGGAUACAUGCCGCUUCGAGACGACUACGAGAUUGAAUAUGACCAGGAGGCAGAGAAACUCAUCAGUGGGUUGUCUGUAAACUACGACGAUGAAGAUAUUGAGAUUGAGAUGAAGCGAGCCCAUGUGGAUAUGUAUGUGCGGAAGCUGCGUGAGCGCCAGCGCCGCAAAAACAUCGCUCGUGACUACAAUUUAGUGCCAGCCUUUCUGGGACGGGACAAAAAAGAUAAAGAGCGAGAACGACCGGGUGGAACAGGAGGGGUUGUGGGUGCAGGUGGUGCUCUUGGAUUGGGGGGCGUUACCACCAUCAUUCCAACAGGGCCGCUUGGCUCCUCUGCGGGAGCGACCCCAAAACGCAAAAUCACCAAGGAAGAAAAGGAGCAACGGACCAAACUACGUGGUCUUUGCCAGUUCAUGCCGCAGCGUGAGUUUGAAGAAUUCUUCGAUAACAUGCACAAAGAGCGCAUGCUACGGGCGAAAGUUCGGGAGCUUCAGCGUUAUCGGCGAAAUGGCAUCACGAGACUCGACGAGUCGGCCGAGUAUGAGGCAGCACGCCACAAACGGGAAAAACGGAAAGAGAACAAAAGUGUUGCAGGCUCAAAGAGAGGCAGCAGUGGUGGAGGAGGAGUGGCCGGGCUUGGAGGGGGGGUUGGAGCAGGCGGUGGGCUUGGCGGUGGUGGAGGAGUUAGUGCCAUUAAAGAGGAGGGGAAGGACAGUGAGUUCUCAGCUAUCGAGAACCUGUCUGGCUUUGAGAUGCUGUCGGAUCGGGAGAAGGUACUGUGCAACUCUAUGAACCUUAGUCCUACGCGCUAUCUGACUGUCAAGACUAUCAUCAUCAAAGAUCACUUACAGAAACGGCAGGGCAUUCCCUCGAAAAGCCGCCUACCCAGCUACCUGGACAAGGUGCUGAAAAAACGGAUUCUGAAUUUUUUGUCGGAGAGUGGCUGGAUAUCCCGAGAAACCUCUUAACGACACUGUCCAAAGAUUCGGCUGUAUGAAUAAUGACUGUAAAUAUAUUUUUCUACUGUUUUAUAAUGGAUCUCAGAAAAGCCUAUGAGAACAAAAUGACUGUAGGUGCCACACUACUGGAUGUGGACCUUCAGUCAGUCUAACAUGUCUGUCUUUGAGCUCAGAUCUCCUCAUAGGAUCAUAAACAUAGGGAAAUUCCUGUUAAAGAAGGUACAUAAUCCGUAUCCAUCAUAGGGAACAUUCCAGUAUGUUGUCCUGUGUAACGCAUCAGAAUAGAACACAAAACCCAUUACCCCUUGUUAAAAUGCCCUCCGUUUUGAAUGUGAUUUUGAGUGGCACUUGAAUGCUCCCUGCCAAUAGAGUUUCAACAGAAUGCUUAAUGUUGUACAAAGCAGGUAUUUGGUUCUGAGUUUCUUCCUUUGUCAUAAGAAGGAAUCCUUGUUCUGCUUGCCAAAAGUCUUAUGCUAACCUGAAUUUGCCUGUUUCUGUUGUCAAUGGUGGGAAUGUGAGACACAUGAAUCAUGCUCGAUACUAUCUGAAAACAGCCAAUGUUCAUGUUUGAUUAUGAUUUUUUUUUUUUGGAGUUGUUGACCUUUGUGAGGUUGUUUCUAUUGCUGUUUAUUGAGCAUGUUUCAGAAGCUUGGGUUAAAAGGCACAUAACCAGGUUAUAUAAAGUAUUAGCUUGAUGAGUAAAGCAACAUAAUGCUCCUGUUUCAAGAGGAUAUUAUUCCUAUUUGUUUGAUGGAUAAAGCUAAAUACAGCAUCAAGGGUUCUCAUCUCAAAGUGUACAACAAAAUUUCUAAGCUGAGACUGUGUUAGUGUUUCAACUACUACUAGUUUUUUUUUCUUUAAUUUCAAAAUCUUCAUGCAAUACCAAAUCUUAGAUUACAACUGAGACAAACCUAUUUUUCCAUGAUUUUAGUGUUAUUAUUGCCUGCUUGUGUCUACCCCAAAGUUGUAGAAAACUAAGACAAGCACUGUUCACAAAUGGCAAAAGCAAAGGUUUAACAUUUUUACAUAGUUUUGAAAUGAUUAAUAUAUUAAGAGUCAACUAGAAUAGAUACAAGUAUGACUUUUAGCUAUUGUUUUUUUUAUGUAUACGAUAUUGGAAAUAACUGUGGUUAGUGUAAAUCCAUCGCAAAGGCCAAGGUGGUCAUCUACAUUUGUUUGUUUGUCAUUUUUUGCCCCAGACAUUGGUACAUAUAAAGUCAGUCAUGUUUGAGUAUGCUCAUGUAGUGUGCCUUGUGAAGCAAUGUGCCCAGGUUGAUGGUUUUUAUCCCUUUCACUUUAAUGUUAUAUUUUAAUCUUAAAAUGUACCAUAUCACAACUGUACAUUUAGGUGUCUGUUUGUUCCUGUUUUUCCACAUUUCUAUGCUAGACAUAACUGCCCCACACAAUACACAAUAUUUGUGUUUUCUGAGUAAAGCCACUAAAAGCAGAGAGAAACUCACCAAUAGUAUAUGUGAGAUAUGUAAAUUGGCUAUCUAACCAUUUGGUAAAUAUAAUUUAUGAAUGUAUGUAAAAUGACACUGUGACUAAGAAUAAGGAAAUUAUGGGGCAUAAUUCAUUAUCCUCCUCUUUAUGUUUUGUUUCUAUUGGGAUGCUCAAAUGUUACAAAGGGUUAAUCUUCAGGUUGUGCUUCAUAGUUAUAGGAAAUACUAGGAUCUUUCUUUUGGUUCCUAAGCCAUUCUUCAAGUCUAGUCAUGCUUACCAACAUUGAAUUGUUGAGAAAAUAAGUGACCGGUUCAUUUAAUGCUUAAUAUUUCCCCUGUAAUAUUCAUUUGAUGUGCUAUUUCAAAGAGUAUAAAUAUUUUUCUAAAGUAAUUGAAAAUGUGAGGGAGGAUAAUACUGAAAAUGGCAUCUUCACUGAAAGACACUAUCUUAAAUAUGUUUUCUGAAUUUUUAUAAGACAAUGUGACAUUUAAACAUAAUGAGGAGACUUUUCUGCUUGGUUGUGACAUUUUUUCUGGUCAAAUAGUCCAUUUUUGAAGGAUCAUAUUUGUCAAAAUAUUGAGUAUGUGCAAAGUAUUUUAUUGCAUACGUCAUGUUCUUUCCUACUUUGUAUUAAAGUGUUGAAAUAUAA